GUGAACCAGAUUGGUAUGGGCAAGGACAUGUGGUUCGUGUCCUUCGAUCACAUUACAAAGAUUCUCAAGAUCUUUUACUUCGCCGAACUGCUCUAUCUUACAGCCGUUGGAAUCACGAAGAUAUCAAUGUUACUCUUCUACCUCCGAAUUUUCCCUGACUGGAAGCUUCGUCGCGCUAUCUAUGGCAUGAUUGGAGUUUGCACCACGUACAUCAUCGUCUUCGUCUUGGUCACUGCCUUCCAAUGUAGACCCGUUAACUUGGCCUGGCUGAAAUGGGAUGGCGAGCACCAUGGGAAAUGUCUGGACUUGAACGCUGAUGGUUGGGCGGCUGCCUCUAUAAACAUCCUUCUCGAUCUAAUCGUCAUCGUCCUACCUUUGAAGCAAUUGACGAUGCUCAACAUGAGCUGGCAGCGCAAGCUAGGUGUGAUAGCCAUGUUCCUCGGUGGUGGCUUUAUCCUCCGCUUGAAAUACCUCAUUCAGUUUGCACACACCGAAAACCCAACUAUGGACUACCUGCCCGUUGGAAUCUGGUCUGCAGUCGAAAGUGACGUUGGCAUCAUGGUCGCCUGCGCACCCGCCAUCCGCUCCCUCGGACACCACAUCCGCGAAAAGAUCUGGCCCAAACAAAAGUCCCAACCAUCCUACUACGAAGACACCAAAAACAGCAGCAACCACAAGAGCAAAGCCGACUCUGUCAGCCGCAGCUGGGGUGCCUCUAAGAUGGAUUCUCGCUCGCGCCUUAGCAUCAGCAAUCGCAAAAACGAGUUUGUCCAGAUUGACGAAUACGAAAUGGAUGUGGGCGGUCCCCUCUCACCCAGGGAUGAUAAAAGAACUGUGGCGGAUGAUUCUUCAGAGGGAUCUUUCAACCGCUCGUAUACGCCGCAUGAUGAUAUUGCACCUCUGGCUGCUACAGCAGCACCAAUUGGAAGGGGUAACAGUGGCAUCAUGGUGCAAACGGACUGGAGCGUUGGCAGAGAAAGUCGAGAAAAUGGUCGCCGCCUUUAG